CAGCGCCACCUAGUGACGUUCGGUUUAUUUAUUUCAUGGAAAAGGAACAAAAUUAUGAUUUUUACCACAAUUAUGACCAUGAUUACUUUAAAUUAUUAUUUAUUUUAACAUUUUCUGUUGAAUUAGUCAGCAAACACAUUUCUAAACGAAAUUAUUCAUAUAGUCAUCUAGUUUAGAGAUUAUGAAGUAUUUUAGAUCAUAACCAUACAUUUUACUUUCAUUCUUGGUGUUUUAUUUGUUUACAACGAAAUUCAUGAUAAACAUAAACAGAAAAUGAGUGUUAAAGGUAAAUCAAAGGCUAGUAAAAAGCGUACGCAGUCACAGAGUGAUUCCGGUAGUGAUAGUGAGCAUGAAUUGUUUCACUAUCGUAAUGAUCGUGUUCGACUCAUGAAAGAAGUCUUAAAAAUCUUGAAAUUGAAGAAAAUCAAAGCUCUUGCACCACCUGCAAUAAAGAAGAUGGAUAUGGAAGAAAUCAACACACUGCUGCUAGAAGAACUCCUUGGCAUCUCCAAUAAAAGACUGAAGAAGAUAUUUGAAGGACAAAAUGCAGAUGAUGAAAGCAGUUCAUCAGAUGAAGACAAAAUAGAUAUUAUUUCACUGGAUAGUAUAUCAGAUGAUGAGAUUUGUUUUGUUGAUGAAACAAAAGAAGAUCCAAAGAUGAUGAGGAAAUGCCGCCGCCGGAAACACAAAAUUAAACAUGAAGAUGACCAUGAGAAUGGUACAAAAAUCAAAACAGAAGUUAAAGUUGAGAAAGAUAAAGAAAAACCAGAGAAAAACAAGAGUAAACCUGAGAAAUCAUCUGGGUUAGAAAAUGAUAAACUUCUUAGUGUGUUGGAAUUGUUAGAGUUACAAGCACGAGCAAGAGCAAUCAGAUCACAACUUGUUUUGGAAGCAGAUAAGAAAGCUAGGGAAGCAGCUGAGAAAGCAGUAGCAGCAUUUCAAAACUUGGAUGAUACAGAUGAUGAAGCUAUUUUUAUUGAAACACCGGCGAUAAAUGAGAUUAUUAUCAGUAGUAGUGAUUCUGAAGCAGAAGAAAACUGUAAAAAUGAAGAUUCUGUGACAGAAACAUUGAAAAAUCAAAAUGUAGACUCAGAUACAAGCAAAAAACUACAAGAAAAUGAUGAAAAUAUUAAUAAAAACGAAGAAUCACCGUUAGAAAAGAAGAAAACGCAGAAAAUUAAACUGAUUAGGAACAUUUUAGUUGAGCCCUGUUCAUCUUCAACUUCAACUGAUGCAACUGCUAAGAAUUUAGUUAAUUUAAGUGAAAUACCACUUCCAGAAGUUAAUACUUCCUCAACCUCUGAAACAACUGAUAAAGUUAAUGAUGAGAAACAUGAAGAAAGUGAAAAUAUCGAAGAAAAACCAAAGGUUGACACAAUAUCUGAUAAUAUUGUGCAUGAUGCGGCGAAAAAUAAGAAUAUAACCACACAGAAACUGUCAAAUGAUGACAACGAGAAUGAAGACGAUGUAAUACGAUUAGAUGUGGUCGAAAUUGACGGGAUAGAUGACUAAAAGCUGGUAAAAUGUUAAAAAUGAUAUAAAUAUUAAAUACAAUCAACAUA